AUGACAUCACUCACACCUGGACAAGUCCAAAUAAUUAAAGCCACCGUCCCAGUACUGGCUCAACAUGGCGAAACCAUCACCACCAAGUUCUACGCAGACAUGCUCGAGGCCCACCCUGAGCUCAGAAACGUCUUCAACACCACACACCAAGCAACCGGACACCAGCCUCGUGCUCUCACCGGUUCCCUCCAGGCAUACGCUUCCAACAUCGACGACCUCGGCAAGCUUUCACCAGUAGUCGAACUGAUCUGUCACAAGCAUGCCUCGCUCUACAUUCCCCCGGAACACUACUACAUUGUCGGCGAGCACCUGCUGAAGACCAUGAGAACCGUUCUUGGCGAUGCCGCUACCCAAGACAUCCUCGGCGCCUGGGAAGCAGCCUACUGGCAACUCGCCAACAUCAUGAUCUCCAAAGAAGACGAUAUGUACAAAGAGGCCGACGGCUGGACGUCCUGGAAAGACUUCAAGAUUGUGCGCAAGGAGAGGGAGGCCAAGGAGAUUACGUCGUUCUACCUGCAGCCCGUGGACGCAAAUCUCAAACUCCCUGUCUUCAAGCCGGGACAGUUCAUAUCCGUCAAUAUCUUUGUGAAUGAGCUUGAUGGCGGCGUGUGGCAGGCGCGCCAGUACAGUCUGAGUGAUGUGCCGGGCAAGGACUACCUCCGUAUCAGCGUCAAGCGCGAACUUGGGAUCGAGGUUGGCGAGCCGAGACACUUCACUCAUCCAGGGUACCUGUCCAAUAUCAUGCAUGAGAAGAAGAACGUCGGCGAUAUUGUCCAGGUCUCGCAUCCGUGGGGCGACUUCUACUUCGAUGAGGAGAAGGAAGACAGGGACGCGCCUAUUGUCUUGAUCUCAGCUGGCGUGGGAUUGACUUGCUUGAACAGCAUUCUCAACACCACCCUUGAGCACUCCACUUCGAGACCGGUGACUUGGAUCCACGGUGCGCGGGAUAGCAAGACGAGGGCGUUUAAGAAGGAGAUUGAUGAGCUCGCGGCGAAGAAGAGAAAUUUGCACACUGUGUACUUUUCGUCAAGUCCAAAGGAGGGAGAGGUACAGGGCCUGGAUUACGAUAUCAAGGGACGUGUUAAUCUGGGUAAUGUCGACAAGAAGGUGCUGUUCACAAAUAACGAGAAGACGCUGUACUUCACCUGCGGGCCGGCGCAGUUCAUGCUGGAUGUGGAGGCUAAGCUGAAGAUAUAUGGCGUGCCGGCUGAGAGGAUUCACAUGGAGCUUUUUGGCACUGGCGGUAUCCCCGCGGGUGUAGACCUCUGA